AUGGCUUGGGACAAACUCUCCAUCACUGGGCCACAUCUGGUCUACAUCAUCCUCGGGGGCUUCACCUCCUUGUUCAUGCUCUGCUCCUCCAUCUUCAAGGAGCGCAUGUAUAUUGGUGAAGCCACGGUUGCGACCAUAUGUGGUGUGAUUUUCGGCCCUCAUGCUGCUAACCUCAUCAACCCGGCCUCGUGGGGCGGUGUCGACAUCAUUACCAUUGAAUUCUCUCGUAUCGUGUUGGUUGUGCAAUGUUUCGCCGUCGGUGUUGAGCUUCCCAAGUACUAUAUGGAGAAGCAUUGGAGAUCGGUCUUCUUUCUGCUCGUCCCGGUCAUGACAUGGGGUUGGCUGAUUACUAGUCUUCUUAUUUGGUGGCUGAUCAAGCCCCUGAACUUCCUCGAGAGCUUGGUUGUGGCUGCAUGUGUCACUGCCACUGAUCCAGUACUGGCCUCAUCUGUUGUUGGCAAGGGCAAGUUUGCGAAGCGAGUACCCAAACAUUUGCGCGACCUUCUCUCGGCAGAAUCUGGCUGCAACGAUGGCAUGGCAUUCCCCUUCAUCUACCUUGCUCUGUAUCUCAUCCACGACAAACAGAGCGCCAAAGAGGUCUCAUUCCACUGGAUCGUGUACACCAUCCUGUACGAGUGCUUGUUCGGUUGUGUAUAUGGAUUUAUCGUCGGCUAUCUAGCUCGGCAUGGCAUCAAGUUUGCUGAGAAGCACGACAUGAUCGAUAGGGAGAGUUUUCUCGUCUUCUACUUCACCCUGGCACUUUUCUGCGCCGGAUCUGGAAGCAUCUUAGGAGUCGACGAUCUCCUUGUUGGAUUUGCCGCCGGAGUUGGCUUCUCAAACGAUGGUUGGUUCACGCAGAAAACAGAGGAGUCUCACGUCUCCAACGUCAUCGACCUGCUGCUCAACCUGGCCUACUUCGUGUACCUUGGGACUAUUAUCCCGUGGGGCUCAUUCAACGACAGCACUAUUGGCUUGCAGGCCUGGAGGCUCUCUGUGCUCGCCAUUCUUGUCAUUCUCUUUCGCCGUAUCCCUAUCAUGAUGGCACUAAAGCCCUUAAUUCCAGAUAUCAAAACCUGGCGUGAAGCUCUCUUUGCUGGCCACUUUGGCCCCAUCGGAGUCGGCGCUAUCUUCGUCGCCAUGUUGGCACGCGCAGAGUUAGAAUCGGAAGACCCGGUGCCCCUCGACCAAUUACCAGCGCCCACUGCCGAGCACUACACACUCAUCACUCUGGUGUGGCCGAUCGUUUCGUUUAUGGUCGUGUCUUCCAUCAUCGUCCACGGCUCCUCUGUCGCGGUCUUCACUCUAGGCAAACACAUCAACACCCUGACCGUCACAAUGUCAUAUACUGCGGCCAAUGAUGAUGGCCCCCAUUGGAUGAGCCGGCUCCCGCGCAUCUCAUCCCAAUCACGGUCUCAGGCCAGGAGCGUGUCAGAGCUGGAGGGCGAAGAGCUUAAGAUGCCCGAGUAUCCUCCAGGAACUUUACCACCUAUUGGCUACCCUGGCAAUUUCCUUCGCCGUGUAAGAGAUGAAGACCAUUCUGGACGGAACAGCAGAUCUUCCUCGCGAGCCUCCCGCUGGAGAAGGAAGAGGUGGGAUGACGGGAUUGGCCCAGGAGGGCCUAUUAGCCAGUCAGCCAUCUUUCCCCAACGACGAACUCAGGGAGACCAAGCUACGCCAUCUCAGCGCGCCAGUUCCGACAUGCCGCAACAGGAGCAAGAGACGCCGUCGAUGCCUACGGCAGAAGCUGGAUCAUCAGCCGCUGAAACACCUGCACAAGCCUCAACUUCCGGAACUACGCGGGUGUCCAUGGACGCCCAAGGGCGCGAAGAAAGGCUGGAGGUCUAUGAGGAAGGAAAUACUGUUGUGGUGGAAAACCGGGAUGGUGAUGUGGUGUCUAUCACAUCCAUCACUCAGGAGAAUGCUGGACCUGAUGCUAAAACCCUUGAGAUGAAACUUAAGUCAGAAGCUGGUGCGUCGGGCUGGACUUAUGAGGCACUCAAGAGGAGAAUAAUGAAUUGGCGUGAAGCUGAGAUGGAGAAGAGGAAGGGCAAGGAGAAGAUGUUCAGAAAAAGCGAGCCGGCACGGGCCUUCCAGUUUGGCAACACGAUCAUCCUUGAGAAUGAAGAUGGCGACGUCAUCAAGAAAUAUGAUUUGCCAUCUGACAAGUCGCAAUCCGAUCUGGUUGCACAAGGUCUAAAGUACAUGGGAAUGGGCAUCUUUGUGAAGGUCCUAGACAAGGCCGGUGGGGCAGCAGAGAAGCCAGGUCAAGGCGAAGGAGCAUUAGUUGCACAGAGGGGCAAGAAAAAGAGCUUGCCUAAUGAACAGGAUGAGGAAGACGAUAAGCACAUCCGCUUCACCAUCGGCGGCAUAGGAAAGCGCUUGACCAAGGAGGACUUUCUCAAUGAAAUGAAGAAACUGGACAAAAACCAAGCCAAAGCCCUUGCUCAGCAAAUGACACAAUCAAAAGCAAAUGCCAGUCCAAGCAGAUCAGCUGCAGGAAAGACUGGUAGCAGUUCUGCUCCGGCUGCUACCACGAUGCCAUGUAUACAAGUAACGCCCGAUGUUGACACAACAAAAGCGGAAGGCGAAACAGAUGCGGAGCGCAAGCGGCGUCUCGCUGCUCUGAAGGGGAUGCAGAACUUGAGUGAAGAAGCCCAUGAGAUCGAGACAGAGGCAGAACGACGCCGUAGAGAGGCAGCCCUCGGUCUUCGCCCUCAUGGAGCCGAAGAGGAUAGCGAAGAUGACGAUACUCCCCGUCUCCCACCCUCCAGAAGGUCUAUUCGGUUUGCAGCAGCACCUAAUAAGGAGAGGAAGGAUUCGGCCUGA